UGCGGCGUUAGUUGUAAUUACCAAACCAACGGAUAAUGAUUUAUUCAAAGAAAUAAAAGAAUUUAGAUUUUACGAUUUAGUUCUCAAAAGAAAACACCUUUGUUGAUGAUUCUUCUUCAGUGUCUGAAACAAAGAAAAAAAGCGUUAAUUACAGUUUACAGGUAUUUUCAUUUCUUUUUUGACUUUUUUGUUACUACGUUCUCUUGGUUCUGAGUUUCUGCCAAACAAUCUGCUGUUAACUUCAAGUUAUAUAAAGCAAAAAGAAAAAAAAUGACUACGCCCGCAGGAAUUUUGCACAAUUUGAUGCAGAAAAAAUUUUUAAAAAUUCUUGAAUACGAACUAAUUUUUGAUGGUUCAUCAUUAAAACAGAAUGUUAGUUUUACAUACCAGGUCACUUGCGAUGGAUUUGUUAAAACAGGAUCGGGAUUUUCGAAGAAAGAAGCUAAACAAAAUGCUGCGAAAGCAAUUUUAGAUGAGAUGUUUCCAAAGGCGGACACCACGUCCAAUUUACAGGAAAAAUCUAUUAAUUCUCAUCAAGAAUCUCCGAGUUCUUCAGAUAUUCCUCCGCAGAUUCAGUCUAAUGAUGACUUUCAUCCUCAAUUUUCCAUUGAUGAACCGCUUAAAAUAGAACCGCCUCCAAAAAUUGAGCCAAUUGUCUCAAUUUUGCCGAAAGUGGAACCAGAUUCUUCUCUGAAUAUCCCCAAAGCUUUGGAGAAUGCUUGCACUUUGAAUAAUCUUGCGAUUCCUGAGUACAAUAUUGAAAAAUUAUCUGGAACGUCAAAUUUUCGAGUUGAAUGUGUCGUAUCGUCGUUUAAAGAAACAGCAACAGCAACAACUUUAGAAAUUGCUAAACAGGAGGCUGCGAGAAAAGCUUGGGCUAAAUUACAAAUUGAAUUUCAAAAAGAUCAAUGUAUAAAAAAAGAAGAGAAGAGUUUUGAUGAACUAAUACGUUCGUCAGAAAAUUUAUUACAAUCCUACACGAGUGAAAAUGAAUCCAAAGAAAAUUAUUAUAAAAGAAAAAGAAGAUUCUCAGAAGAGAGAGCAACAUCCAGUGUAAAGAAGGAGAAACAUUCAGACGAAGUCAUAGAAAUUUUCGAUUAUGACGAAAAAUUGCCAAAAAGGAAAAGAAUAUUGGAAGUUAAGAAAGAGAAUAAAAAUAUAAUCUUGACGAAAACUGUCCGCGAGAAGCCCAGCGAUAUUCCGAUUUUAAAUACAGUUGAAGUGCUAAACCAAAUGUGCACCGAUAUUAAUUUACAAAAACCAAAAUACGAAUACAAAAUUGUUGAUCCAAAAUUGGCGGAAUUUCUCACUGUGACAUGCACCAUCUCCACAUUUAAAGUAUCGGCGUACGCUAAAACAAAAAGUGAAGCUAAUCAAGAGGUCGCUAAGAGAAUGAUUGAAAAAAUUCAAAGAGCUGUUCGAAAAUUGCAAACUUCGGAAAAAUUCGAUUUACAAAGUGAGGAAGCACAAUUUUUCGUCAAUGGCACUGUUAUAUCAAUGUUAGAAAAAUUAUCCCAACAAAAUAAUUCAGCGUCGUCAUCAAAAUCAAGAAGAAUGGAAAAUAAUUUUGAGCAGAGAAAAGUGAAAUCAAAAAAUCCCAUUCAAAUGCUAAAAGAGUUAUGUAAAAGUAACAAUAUUAAGAAACCACAAUUUGAAACAAUCGAGGAAAAUCUUUUCUACUCUGAUAAAUAUAAAGUUGCUUGUAUUGUCUCAACAUUUAAGGAGGAAAGUGAAGGAACUUGUUUUGAAGAGGCAAAAAUAAAGUCAGCGCAAAAAAUGUUGGAGAGAUUAACAAAAAUGCAAAAUUCUUAUCUAGAGCAAUUAAUAGAGUCGGUGAAGAAUCUCGAUUAUAAAAAUCCAUCGCGUUGGAAAACUAAAAAUUAACAAACAAAAAUGAUUUUUUGUGAUCUUGAUUCGUUAUUUAUUUCUAUCUAAACUUCAAAUUUCUUAGACAUCAAAGAUUUUCCACUUUAUUUAAAAUAUUAUUUAUAAUGAAAUAUUCUUUCAGUUUCAUAUUGAAAAUUAUCUAAUUAGUAAUAAUUAAUUAAUAAUGAAAGUACUGAAGAAGUCUUCAAAGAAGUUAUACAAACUUGAAGAUAAAUAUUCAAAAUAUUAGAAGUUGAAUAAAAAAUAAAUGUGUUUAAAAUGUUUUAAUGAAUGUUGAAAAUUAUAAUAAAUUUUU